GACCCGUAUCAGUACGCGCCAGGCUCAAUUCGGAUUUCGGAGCCACCCACCUACUGGUCAGAGGCUCACACUGCUGCGUUAAUUGCAGCAGAGUACACAACAGAAUAGAGCCAACGACUGGUAGACGAACAUCUAUCUCUCCUUCCCUCUCUCUCUCUCUCUCUCUCUCUCUCUCUCUCUCUCUAAGCACACUCGAUUAACGCCCUAAUUUGUCAUUUGUACCAAAAUUCACGCAAUUGUCUGACCUUGGUUUCUCCAUGUCCUCCGAAUCGAGAGCUUCAACCUCCGGCGACGAAGCCUCCGAGCCAAACCCUAACCCUAUCCCCAAACCCCCCGAGGAUCAAUUGGACGCCCUCGCAUUGUCCGAGACCGAUAGCCAUGCAAACGGUGUCUUUCAUGGAUCGGCGGCCGAGAACAAUCACAAUCACCAGGAGAUCGAGAGCGACGAGGAAGAAGUCGAGGCCAAUUCGGCUGCGCCUGGUUUAGCUGAAGUGGAGGACUCGAGGGAGGGUUUGCCACGUGGUAGUGUCGGUGGUAUUGUGUGGGCGAGGACCAAUUCGGAGCCGGAGGUUGAUGGGCCUUCGAGCCCUAGCAGCAGUGGCUAUGCUGGAGAAAGAGGGAGUAGUAGUGCCAGUAGUGGUGGCUCUGGAAUUGAUGAGAUUUCGGAAGUGAGGAACGAAGAGGUUGUUGAUGGGUUUUCGGAUUCGCAGGCCUCGUGGGUUCCAGGAAAACGACAUGUUGAUGAGGAUGAUGCUUCCCUAUCAUGGAGAAAGAGGAAGAAGCACUUUUUCAUACUAAGUAACUCUGGAAAACCAAUAUAUUCCAGACAUGGAGAUGAACACAAGCUAGCAGGAUUUUCAGCAACAUUACAAGCCAUAAUUUCCUUCGUGGAGAAUGGUGGGGAUCAUGUCAAACUGGUUAGGGCCGGGAAGCAUCAGGUGGUUUUUCUUGUCAAGGGACCAAUUUACUUGGUAUGCAUCAGCUGUACAGAGGAGCCUUAUGAGUCUUUGAGGAUGCAGUUGGAACUUAUUUAUGGUCAGAUGCUACUUAUUCUUACAAAGUCAGUAAAUAGAUGUUUUGAGAAGAAUCCGAAGUUUGAUAUGACACCUUUGCUAGGAGGAACAGAUAUUGUCUUCUCUUCCCUCAUCCAUUCUUUCAGUUGGAAUCCAGCCACAUUUCUUCAUGCAUACACUUGUCUUCCCCUUGCUUAUGCGACAAGGCAAGCUGCAGGUGCCAUAUUGCAAGAUGUUGCCGAUUCAGGUGUUCUGUUUGCAAUACUGAUGUGCAAACACAAGGUCAUCUGUCUCGUUGGUGCUCAAAAGGCCUCUCUUCAUCCUGAUGACAUGCUGCUACUUUCUAACUUUGUCAUGGCAUCAGAAUCAUUUAGGACAUCUGAAUCUUUCUCUCCAAUUUGCCUGCCUAGAUAUAAUCCCAUGGCAUUUUUGUAUGCUUAUGUCAAUUAUCUUGAUGCUGACACAUACUUGAUGUUGCUUACUACUAGUUCAGAUGCCUUUUAUCAUCUCAAAGAUUGCAGGAUUCGUAUUGAAAUGGUCCUUUUGAAGUCAAGUGUUCUCAGUGAGAUUCAGAGGUCCAUGCUAGAUGGUGGGAUGCGUGUUGAGGAGCUUCCUCUUGAUCCUUUAUCACGUUCUGCAUCUUUUUCUCCGCAUUUGGGUCAACACACACUUUCAACAGAUUCUCCUGACAGGUUCAGGGAACCUUAUAUUGGCGUAGGCGGUCCUGCUGGACUUUGGCAUUUCAUAUAUCGCAGUAUAUUUUUGGAUCAGUAUGUGUCUUCUGAGUUCUCACCACCAAUAAGUAGUCCUCGUCAGCAGAAAAGAUUAUACAGAGCUUACCAGAAGCUUUAUGCUUCCAUGCAUGACCGAGGAAUUGGGCCCCACAAAACCCAGUUUCGAAGAGAUGAAAACUAUGUUCUACUAUGUUGGGUCACCCAGGAUUUUGAGCUUUAUGCAGCUUUUGAUCCACUUGCAGACAAGGCAUUGGCAAUAAAGACUUGCAAUCGGGUUUGUCAGUGGGUGAAAGAUGUGGAAAACGAGAUUUUUUUGCUAGGAGCAAGCCCCUUUUCAUGGUGAUAUCCCAUUAUAUUCUGUAACACAGAAUGUACCAUAUAGCUUUGUUUAUUUAAUAAAAUUCAAAUCAUAAUUAAUUUUUUUUUUUAUAUGCAUUUGAAAUGGCAAGAGAUGUUGAUCAUAAAUUACUAC